CGGGGGGGGCCACGCGCGGCGCGGCCCGGGCCACACAGCCCGCGGGGGCCCACCCUGCCAGCCAAGCCCUGCUCGCCACCGGCCCCUCACACUGGCCGCGUCCUAGGGUGUGGGGCCACUGCCAGGCCCCCUGGAGAAGCCGCAGCAGGGAACCCGCCCUUCCAGUCCAAGUCCGGGCGGUCGUGUCAUCAACACCAAUUGCUCCGCCGUUCGCACCCGCCAGGCCCUCUGCUGCAAGAUGUCCGUGGAGUACGACACGUUCAUCGAGUCAGGGCGCAAGUGGUUCUGCCAUGUAGACGAUGACAAUUAUGUGAACCCCAAGAGCCUCCUGCACCUGCUUUCCAGCUUCUCACCCAGCCAGGAUGUCUACCUGGGGCGGCCCAGCCUGGACCACCCCAUCGAGGCCACGGAGAGGGUCCAGGGUGGCAGAACUGUGACCACGGUCAAGUUCUGGUUUGCUACUGGUGGGGCCGGGUUCUGUCUCAGCAGAGGCCUCGCCCUCAAGAUGAGUCCAUGGGCCAGCCUGGGCAGCUUCAUGAGCACGGCUGAGCAGGUGCGGCUGCCAGAUGACUGCACGGUGGGCUACAUCGUGGAGGGGCUCCUGGGCGCCCGCCUGCUCCACAGCCCCCUCUUCCAUUCCCACCUGGAGAACCUGCAGAGGCUGCCACCGGACACCCUGCUCCAGCAGGUGACCUUGAGCUAUGGGGGUCCUGAGAACCCACAUAACGUGGUGAACGUGGCCAGAGGCUUCAGCCUGCAGCAGGACCCCACACGGUUUAAGUCUGUCCACUGCCUUCUCUACCCAGACACGGACUGGUGUCCCAGGCAGAAGCAGGGCGCUCUGACCUCUCAGUGACACCAGUGGUCCUGACCCACAGCUGCCUGGGCUCCAUCCCAGCUGCGGGGAGCUGGAGCCCCCCAUGGCCUCAGUGGGCUCCAUCAGGUGCCACAGCCACACCAGUGAGAUGCAGGCGUCUGGCAGACCCUCUGGCUAGUGUGGUGUCUUGGCUCCACUGCUUACU